ACCAUGAUACUUUCUGUUUUGUCGAGCCCUGCUUUGGUCUCUGGUUUGAUGGUUGUACGUGCUAAAAAUCCGGUACAUUCCGUUUUGUUUCCCAUCCUAGUCUUUUGCGACACUUCUAGUUUACUUAUUUUGUUAGGUCUCGACUUCUCCGCUAUGAUCUCCCCAGUAGUUCAUAUAGGAGCUAUUGCCGUUUCAUUCCUAUUCGUGGUUAUGAUGUUCAAUAUUCAAAUAGCGGAGAUUCAAGAAGAAGUAUUGCGCUAUUUACCAGUGAGUGGUAUUAUUGGACUGAUCUUUUGGUGGGAAAUGUUCUUCAUUUUAGAUAAUGAAACCAUUCCAUUACUACCAACCCAUAGAAAUACGACCUCUCUGAGAUAUACGGUUUAUGCCGGAAAGGUACGAAGUUGGACUAAUUUGGAAACAUUGGGCAAUUUACUUUAUACCUACUAUUCCGUCUGGUUUUUGGUUUCUAGUCUGAUUUUAUUAGUUGCUAUGAUUGGGGCUAUAGUACUUACUAUGCAUAGGACUACAAAGGUGAAAAGACAAGAUGUAUUCCGAUGA